AUGGGCGCCGGAAAAGGAAACGCAACAAAGCAUCGGGUCCAGCGUACACGUGGGGAAGAAGAAUUUGACAUCUUGGCUGCAAGCAGCGGGUCAGGAUUUGUGAUUGAGGAAUGGGUCGAGCUGGAUGCGGAUGAGGAUGACGAUGGCUUCGCCGAUGUGAUCUCUCCGCUCGCUUAG